UUUUAAUUUCAUUUUCGUAAUUUUCAUAUAAAAAGACUUGGCAGAGCCAACAGACGACACAGUUCAAAUCCACUUUUGGUAUUUAGAGCACCACAAAACAACCCAAACUAAACCUAACUACAAUGGCUUUCAAAUUCGUCACUUUGUUCGCUGCUCUCGUAGCUGUUGCCAGCGCCGGUGUUAUCCCAGCUGCUCCCUUGGCCGCCGUUGCCAAUGUUGAGGAAUACGAUCCCCAUCCCCAAUACUCUUACGGUUACGACGUUAAGGAUGCCAUCUCUGGUGAUUCUAAGAGCGCUGUUGAAACCCGUGACGGUGAAUUCGUCCAAGGUCAAUACUCUUUGAAUGAUGCUGAUGGUUACAGACGCAUUGUUGACUACACCUCUGACCCCAUCAACGGUUUCAACGCUGUUGUCCGCCGUGAACCUUUGGUAGCUGCUGUUGCUGCUCCCGUCGUUGCCGCCCCUGCCCCAGUUGUCAAGGCUGCCGUUGCUGCUCCCUUCACCUAUGCCGCCCCAGCUGCCUAUGCUGCUGCUCCCGUCGUUAAGGCUGCCGUUGUAGCUGUCGUAAAAACUACUUUCGCAUCUCCCCUUAUCUCGUAUGCUUAUUAGAUAAAGAACGGAACGAUUGUGAUUGUUAGUUGUUAAAGCUGAAUAAAGAUAU